CUUCAAUAUUCGUCAUUCUCAAUCCUCUCCAUCUUAUAUGAUGUGUUAAUCUUAAAAUCCUAUAUAUGUACAUAUAUUUUUUCUUAUUUUUUAUAUUAUUACAGCAAAAGCAGCAUGGCAUGAGCGUUCCAUUCUUAUCUACUUCAUAUUAAAUCGAAAAAUGUCCGCGUCCGGAAUCGAGAAUCCACCAAUGGCUCGACUACUUCCCCCGAACCUCGUGUCCUUCUUCGCCCAAGCUCUCAAGAGCUACCAGCUUUCCAAUGCGAAACUCCGCGUGCUAUGCUCUGUGACGCCUUCCGUCGUAUCAUCGGCAUACCCCCCGCCCGCCGACUCACUCGCUCCCCAACCGCCCCAAGCCACCCCCAAGACCCUUCUUGUCCUCGACUCCUCUUUUAACCCGCCGACCCUCGCGCACCAGCGCAUGGCGCUAUCUGCCCUCUCCGACCAUAGAUCUACAGGCAGUGAUAAGACCCAUGUACCCCGAGUGCUCCUCCUCCUCGCCAUCAACAACGCAGACAAGGCGCCCAAGCCAGCUGCGUUUCCGCAGCGACUAGCCAUGAUGUACAUCUUCGCCCGGGACCUGCUCCUCUGCCCCACCACUUCCUCCUCCUCCUCCGCUCCCCAAACUCCACCCUGCACGGCCGUCGACAUCGCAGUAACCACGGAGCCGUACUUCCACGCCAAAUCCAUCGCCGUGUCCGAGUCCGCCUUCUACCGCGGACAGUCAGCAGAAGCAGAUCGGAUGGAGCAGGUCUACCUCACGGGCUUCGACACUCUGAUCCGCAUCUUCGACCCCAAAUACUACCCCCCUGCCGCCAUGGCCACCUCCCUCGACCCCCUCUUCGCGCGCGCGCGUCUCCGCGUGUCCACGCGCACAGAUGCCGAGUGGGGCAGCACCGGGGAGCAGCGGGCGCAUCUACAAGCGCUGAGAGACGGCGGGCUGGAGCGCGUGGGUGGACGGGGAGAGUGGGCGGAUCGGAUCGAGAUGGUGGAGGGCCGUGGGGAGGGCGACGCGGUGGUGAGCAGUACGAAAGUCAGGGACGCCGUGCAAGGGAAAGACUGGGGAAAACUAAAGAAGCUCGUUAGUGAGGACGUUGCUGCGUGGAUCAGGGAGGAAGGGUUAUAUGAUGGUGGUGGCGUGUGAAGCCAACGAACAACGAAAAUAAAACACGAAAUAAGUGCGGUGGUUUCGCCGUUGCCAUAUAUCCAAGGAGUUGGAGGCUGCUAAGGCGUUGUCGGUUUGCCGCAGCCCGUCGAUAUCAAGACCGAAAAUGAACGAGCGAACUCGAGCGCUCCACCAAAGCCUGCGGGCGUCUGUCUGUCUAUCUGUCUGUCUGUCUGAUCGGCUCCAAAAAUAGCCGGUUCUAAGCAACAAGUUCUGCACUUACGAAUUCCUUGCAAAGGAAGUUAGGACAUCAUUUGGGGGUCCCUUCGUUUCUCGUCCUAAUCUGUCCUU